AGACGCGUACGUCAGCCAAUAAAACAACACACUGUGCUCGUAUCUCCUCAGUCCGUUACUAGCUAUCCCAAGGAAAGCUUUAGACACUUUUCCAAUAAGCUGUUUUACCCUUCCCAUCACCUCACUAUGGAUAUUCGUGUCUUCUUUUCUCUUUCUGUCUUGGUGUUGGCUGGCUGUGUGUUGAUGGCUGAGGCCCGUCCGUCACUACAAAGUAGUCUUCCUGGCCAGUCAAACGGCUGCUCUUGUGACGAGAGAACUCUUAACUGUGGGUGCUGUACUUAUAUCAAGUUAGACGUUCCUCAACUUAAGAUCAAUGGUACUGCAUGUGCUAACCUCACCUGGCUGUUAACAGACUUCGGUUUGUCCCUGACCUUUGCCUGGGAUAACAAAACUAUCUUCAAUAAAACAAUCCCUGUCAAUGACCCUCCACCUUUGUGUUUUCCAUUUCCACAAAUAAAGUCCCUUGAAGUGUGCGUGAGAUUAAGGGCAGUGUCAUAUGGUGUGAAGCAAUUCGGUGCAUGUCUCGAAAUUGCAUUCGAAAUCGUUCAUGUCAAACAAGUCGUUCCUCUCGGAUGCAUCUACAAUGACCAGAUUGACACCCUUGUACCACGUGACACCUUCACAACACGUGACAUCCUGAAAUGGGUGGUUGAUAAUAACUUGCAAGAUGUAUUAAGCGGUUUGAUCGGAAGUAUGGGAGACAUCCUAGACGGCUUGCAGACAGAGAAAGUCAAGGCGAAUCAGGAAACGAGUUUCUGGAAGCCAGUCAGGUUUGGAAAUUAACAGAAAAUUAACAAUAUGGUACUGGGUCAGUUUGGUUAAAAACUUCCUAUUUUUUUAAAAUAUUUACCGCUUGGAAUACACACUCUACAAUUAAUGAUACAGAUACAGUCAAUGUCAUUAAUGUUGUCCACCAAAAAAAGACAUUUAGACAUUUAGACAUUUAGACAUUUAGAC